ACUUGGAAAAGCUACAGUUUCAAGAUGACAAUACAAACACACAUCACAAUAAUUUUAUGUACCGAUAAGUACUCCCACUACAAACCAAAUGAUACAAGCACAGCAUUACUCUUUUUAAUUUGAACGUUUUCCACGCAAUAUUAUGGUUGGUAGGCGGAUCGAGUCGCGUGUUAGUGACGUCAGUGGCGGGAAACGUGAAGUGAACUUUACUGUAGUGAAUGAGUGGUGGGCGCGAGCCGAGGUUCUUAAGAAAAGUGUACUUCAGUUUAAACCUGUUUUGUGCUCAGGGUAAAGUAUGACUGUUGAUAAGAAGCCCAUAAGAUUUGGACACACAGAGGGACACACCGAUAUCUGCUUUGAUGACACAGGAAACUAUAUUGUUACCUGUGGCAGUGAUGGGGAUGUGCGGGUCUGGGAGGGUCUAGAUGAUGAUGACCCAAAAUCCAUCAAUGUUGGCGAAAAGGCAUAUUCUGCAGCAUUGAAGGGCUCAAAGCUGGUCACAGCAGCAUCUAACAACACAAUCCAGGUCCACACAUUUCCUGAAGGAGCUCCAGAUGGUAUUCUAACCCGAUUUACUACCAAUGCCAAUCACGUGGUGUUCAACGAGAGUGGGACUCAUGUGGCUGCAGGUUCCAGUGACUUCAUGAUCAAAAUUGUCGAUGUAUCAGAUAGCAGUCAACAGAAAACUCUGCGAGGCCAUGACGCUCCUGUACUGAGCAUUGCAUUUGACCCAAAAGAUGUCUAUUUGGCAUCUUCAAGUUGUGAUGGUUCAGUGGUUGUAUGGAACAUCUCUGAUCAGGCUCGGGUAACCACCUUGAAGUUGUUGCAGAAGUCCAGUGAUGUGAGCAAUGCCAAAUCAAUCUGCCGCCUGAGCUGGCAGCCCUGCAAUGGAAAGUUGCUAGCAGUUCCAGUAGACCAGGCUGUUUAUCUGUAUGAGCGAGACUCCUGGAAAGAAGUUGGCAAGCUUACAGAUGACUUCAUCAAACAGGUUGUGAAUGUUGUCUGUUGGUCUCCAUGUGGCAAAUUUCUGGCUGUGGGUUGUGUUGGUGGCUUAUUGACUGUAUGGAAUGUGGAGAACCAGGAGUGUCUUGAAAGAGAGAAACAUGAGAAAGGCUAUACAGUAUGUGGCCUAGCAUGGCACCCCAAGGGAGAUCAACUUGGUUACACAGAUACAGAAGGAUGUCUUGGACUUUUGGAGGGAUUAUCUGCAGGGAGUGGAACUAGUUCCAAGCUGGCUUCCAGGGAAGUGAAGGAUUAUGAUGACCUAUUCGAUGACAAUGAUGAUGGUGUACUAGAGGAUCAUUUGAGUGAGAAACAGUCUCCAUCAAAGCGUCCUUUUAUUGAAGAUGAAGAUGAUGAUGAUGAUCUUAUGCCUUCACUUGGACGUUCUAGACAUCGAGGGGCCAUUCUUGAUGAUGAAGAAAAUUCUCUUGAUGUAGCAUCUGUAAAACCUGAAAUGGAAAAGGAAGCUGGUGAAAACUUUAAACACGGUCCACUUGAACCUCCCGUGCGACCAUCAUAUGAUGGUCCGUUGCCCACUCCGCGGCAGAAGCCCUUCCAGUCUGGGUCGACACCUGCACAUCUCAUGCACAGAUUCUUGGUGUGGAAUUCUGUAGGAAUUGUUCGCGGAUACAAUGAUGAACAGGACAAUGCUAUUGACAUAGAGUUCCAUGAUACCUCUGUCCAUCACUCUAUGCAUCUCACCAACAAUCUUAGUCACACUUUGGCUGACAUGUCUCAAGAAGCGGUGUUGCUUGCUUGUGAAAGCACUGAUGAACUGGCCAGCAAACUGCACUGUCUGCACUUUAGCUCAUGGGAUACAAAUAAGGAGUGGAUGGUGGAUUUACCCAAAGGGGAAGAUGUUCAAGUAGUGUGCCUUGGCCAGAGUUGGGCAGCAGCUGCAACAAAUGCAAUGUUGGUACGAGUCUUUUCCAUUGGUGGUGUGCAAAAAGAAAUAUUCAGCUUACCCGGUUCUGUUGUCUGCAUGGCAGGACAUGGAGAACAGCUACUGGUGGCCUUCCAUAGAGGUACUGGUUUUGAUGGUGAUCAGUCUCUUGGAGUGUUAUUAUUGCAGCUUGGAAAAAGGAAGCGUCAAAUCCUGAAUGGUGAACCCCUUCCCCUCUCUCGCAAGUCUUAUCUUGCUUGGCUUGGUUUUUCAGCAGAAGGCACACCAUUUACUGUUGAUUCAGAAGGAAUUGUGCGGAUGUUAAAUAGGUCAUUGGGAAAUACUUGGACACCAGUGUGUAAUACAAAUGAGCACUGCAAAGGAAAGUCUGACCACUACUGGGUGGUUGGCAUACAUGAAAACCCACAACAGCUCAGGUGCAUUCCUUGUAAAGGCUCUCGCUACCCUCCCACAUUACCCCGUCCUGCUGUUGCCAUAUUGCCUUUUAAUUUGCCAUACUGUCAGGUUACCACAGAGAAAGGACAGAUGGAGGAACUGUUUGGGCGCUCUGUGCUUUUCCACAAACAUUUAGACUUUCUGGAAGCCAGUGGUUAUGAGAUUGAUGAAACAGCAAAAAAUCAGGCUCAGAAAGAACAGCAGGAGCUUCUUAUGAAGAUGUUUGCUCUGUCUUGCAAACUGGAGCGUGAUUUCCGGUGUGUCGAGCUAGCAGAGCUGAUGCCCCACAAUGUAGUGACUCUGGCAAUACGGUAUGCCUCGCGCACUAAGCGAAUGUCACUGGCUCAGCGGCUCAGUGAACUUGCCCUGGAGAAAGCAGCUGAGCUUGCUGCAAGCUGUGUUGAGGAAGAAGAGGAAGAGCAAGAAGAUUUUCACACCCAAUUAAAUGCUGGCUAUAGCAGGACAGCCACAGAAUGGAGUCGGCCUCAAAACAGAAUUCAGCAUCAACCAUCUCGGGAAAAAGAGCAGGCAAAUGUAGCGGAGGAGGAAGAAGAAGAAGAAGAAGGCGAAGUUGAGGUGGAUGAUGAAGCAUGCAUGGAAAACAAGAAAUCCUUGCAGAAUCUCUUCAACAAAGCUGGGAACUCCAUUGAACAGUCCCCAAAGAUUUCGCUCAUGUCAAGUAGGGAAGGACGAGUUAAUCCAUUUAAGGUUUCUGCAACAGUAAAGCCUUCAGGCUUGUCAACAGGGCAGGCACGCUCCACAAAUAUCCUGGACAACAUGGUGAAAUCUGCCAAGAAGACAGCCGCACCUGUCAGUCAGACAUCUGAUAAACAGAAAUCGCCAGUGCUGAAACCUCUUAUGCCCAAGCCCAGAUCCAAGACUCAGGCAACGCUGUUUAAAGUAAGCACUAAUAAAAAUGCUAACAAAAGCAUUGAUGAUAAAGAAAAAGAAGAAGUCUUGAAAAUGGAAACUACAGUACCCAGUGCUGAAGACACAGAGAACAGAAAACCAAGGACAGGCUUCCAACUUUGGCUGGAGGAAAACCGGAAUUCUAUUGCGAUGGACCACACUGACAUGGAUGAAGCUGAUAUUAUUAAAGAAGGAAUGAGCCGUUUCCGAUUGCUGUCCACUGAAGACAGAAUGUCUUGGACAGAAAAGGCCAAAAGGGGUAGAGCUGAAGAUCCCACAGAGCUGAAGAAAAGGAAACGGACUGAAGGAGAAGAGAAGGAUCAGGUGAAUGGAAGCCAAGCAGAUGAAGGACCCAAAAAGAAGAAAAUUGUUGAUGCUUCUGCAAAGCUGUCUGCUUUUGCAUUUAAUAAGGACUAAUCUUUCUGAGUCACACUUUCAUAGUGUAAGUGAGAGUGCUUAUGAAAAUAUUUAAAUUGUGUUUUUAGGUGUGUGUGUGUCUGUUUUAUUAUAAAUGUUUGUUUCAACAAAGCUGGUUGGCUUUAUGUUUAGUUCAUUCAAAUGCUAGAGUGAUUUUUUUUUUAUUGUGUGCAUGCUUGAAAUGCCAAGGUCAGAGUUAAUCAAUAAUGUAUUGAAACUGAAAAACUGGCAGAAACAGAAAAUGAAAAAUUAAAUUCAGCUGUUUGUCUAGUUAAUGAUAAUUUUUGAAAAGUACAUUUAUUAUAAUACCAAAUGGAAGAUUUGUAUAGAAACUGGUUUUAUAAACCUAAUAAAAUGUAUUUUU